AUGAAUGACUGAUUCAUAGUCGGAGAGCUGCAGAGAGUCUGGAAGGCAGGAGGUUCUGGGAUCCAGCUGGGGCCGAGUGCACACCUUCCACCUUCGAUUAACAUCAAAGAUGAAGAAACUGAGGCCCAAAGAAGUUAUCCACUUGGUUGCGGUCCCAGAAUAGAUCAGAAUCCGUUCCGCUGUCAGAAACCUGCCCCUGGAUCCUGGCUGGCUGGCUGAUCCCCUGAGGUUCAUUUCCUGACAGACAAGGUAUAAGAUCCCUGUUACUUGAAGGAUAAGGCUGGCACUGCUCAACGUCUUUGUGGAAGCUUCACUCCUGAGCCUCCCUGAACUUCCUUACAGCAUAUGACACAGAUGGAGUCGAGCAAAAAGAUGGACGCUGCUGCCGCACUGCAUUCCAACCCACCACUCAAGCUGCAGCCUGAUCGCAGUGCGGGGUCAGUGCUCGUGCCAGAGCAAGGAGGCUACAAGGAGAAGUUUGUGAAGACAGUGGAAGACAAGUAUAAGUGUGAGAAGUGCCGCCUGGUGCUGUGCAACCCAAAGCAGACUGAGUGUGGACACCGGUUUUGUGAGAGCUGCAUGGCUGCCCUGCUCAGCUCCUCAAGUCCAAAAUGUACAGCGUGCCAAGAGAGCAUCAUCAAAGACAAGGUGUUUAAGGAUAAUUGCUGUAAGAGAGAGAUCCUGGCCCUUCAGAUCUGCUGUCGGAAUGAAGGCAGAGGCUGUGCAGAGCAGCUGACUCUGGGGCAUUUGCUGAUGCACCUAAAAAGUGAAUGCCAGUUUGAAGAGCUCCCCUGUCUUCGUGCAGACUGCAAAGAAAAAGUAUUGAGAAGAGACUUGCGGGAUCACGUGGAAAAGGCCUGUAAAUACCGAGAGGCCACAUGCAAUCACUGCAAGAGCCAAGUCCCCAUGAUCACACUGCAGAAACACGAAGAUACUGAUUGUCCCUGUGUGGUGGUAUCCUGCCCCCAUAAGUGCAGCGUCCAGACUCUUCUGAGAAGUGAGUUGAGUGCACACUUGUCAGAGUGUGUCAAUGCCCCCAGCACCUGUAGUUUUAAGCGCUAUGGCUGCGUUUUUCAGGGCACAAACCAGCAGAUCAAGGCCCACGAGGCCAGCUCUGCCGUGCAGCAUGUGAACCUGCUGAAGGAGUGGAGCAACUCCCUGGAGAAGAAGGUUUCUUUGCUGCAGAAUGAAAGCGUUGAAAAAAACAAGAGCAUACAAAGUUUGCACAAUCAGAUAUGUAGCUUUGAAAUUGAAAUUGAGAGACAAAAGGAAAUGCUUCGAAACAAUGAAUCCAAAAUCCUUCAUUUGCAGCGAGUAAUAGACAGCCAAGCAGAGAAACUGAAAGAACUUGACAAGGAGAUCCGUCCCUUCCGGCAGAACUGGGAGGAAGCAGACAGUAUGAAGAGCAGUGUGGAGUCCCUCCAGAACCGUGUGACUGAGCUGGAAAGUGUGGACAAAAGUGCUGGGCAGGCAGCUCGUAACACAGGCUUGCUGGAGUCCCAGCUGAGCCGGCAUGACCAGAUGCUGAGUGUUCAUGACAUCCGCUUGGCUGACAUGGACCUGCGGUUCCAGGUCCUUGAGACCGCCAGCUACAAUGGUGUGCUGAUCUGGAAGAUCCGUGAUUAUAAGCGCCGGAAGCAGGAAGCCGUCAUGGGGAAGACCCUGUCUCUCUACAGCCAGCCUUUCUACACGGGCUAUUUUGGCUAUAAGAUGUGUGCCAGGGUCUACCUGAACGGGGACGGAAUGGGAAAAGGGACACACCUCUCGCUGUUUUUUGUCAUUAUGCGUGGAGAAUAUGAUGCUUUGUUGCCAUGGCCAUUCAAGCAGAAAGUGACACUCAUGCUGAUGGAUCAGGGGUCCUCUCGGCGUCAUCUGGGAGAUGCAUUCAAGCCUGAUCCCAACAGCAGCAGCUUCAAGAAACCCACUGGAGAGAUGAAUAUCGCUUCUGGCUGCCCGGUCUUUGUCGCCCAAACUGUUCUAGAGAAUGGGACGUAUAUUAAAGAUGAUACAAUUUUUAUUAAAGUCAUAGUGGAUACUUCGGAUCUGCCUGACCCCUGACAAGUAACUGGGGAGGUGGAUUCAGCAGAAGGUAACUCCUCUGGGGCUGAAGCCGUCUGUCUUCACGAAGAUCCUCGACCUCAGAGAGGACCGUGUGGGACAGGGCAAGCAGCCAGAGGAGGAGGGUGCGUGGCUGGCAGGAGGAGCCACACGUGAAAACAGACCCCAGCGGAUUUCCCAAUAGACUAGCCACACUCACUCUGAAGAAUUAUUUAUCCUUCAACAAGAUAAAUAUUGCUGUCAGAGAAGGUUUUCAUUUUCAUUUUUAAAGAUCUAGUUAAUUAAGGUGGAAACAUAUAUGCUAAAAAGAAACAUGAUUUUUCUUCCUUAACUUGAACACCAAAAAGAAAACACGUGGAGGUAGCUGGACGUGUCAGCAUGUUAAUUUAAAAGGAGAACUUAUGAAAUAGUAAUACAAUUCUGAUAUAUUCAUCCUAAAAUUCAAGAGUGCAAUCUUGUUUCAAAUAUAGUAUAUUGUCUAUUUUUAAGGCCUCAUCUGGUCUCUGUUUUAAUAAUUUGUUUGUCAGAAGGCCCUGAGUAGACAAAGUCUCUAAAUUCAGAAGUCAUUUUUAAUUUAAAGUUCUACAAAUAAUUGUUACUGCAAACAUUUUGUUUUAAAACGUUGAUAGACUGAUAUUUCUUGGAAGAAAAUGUAAAAUAUCAAACACUGGUUAUCACUUGUGAUAGGAAAGAGAGUAUUCAAACUGUUGUUAUUUCUCGUUAGAAAUGUAACGCUUUGAUACCUGUCGUAGUUAGUGACACUACUUCACAAUGACUGUGAGAGGGACAGUGCUCAUGGAUGCUGUGCAUCAUUUCAGACAAGUAAAAUUGUUCUCACCCUAAAAUAGGGCAUUAGUUGAACUUUGGAGUUCUAAACAAAGUCCUGUAGGCUUUUAAAAUUCUGCCCCAUGUUUAGACAAGCUCUCUCUGUUGCUGACAGCACCAGCCAUGGUCUCCAGUGUCCAGUGUACCGGGAUGGGCGGGUGACCUGUGCUGCGGGAGGCCCCAGCAAGCGUUUCUCAUACUGUCAUACUGCUGCGUUCGGCUAAUGAUUUCCGAAAGCAACGUCUGUGCUCAGAGAUGGUGGCAUACGGUACAUGUGCCUUAGAUGUGACAUGCUGCUUCUUGUCCCUGGGUUUUUGUUCACCAUGACUCUAGAAAGUGAUAGAUUAACCAGAUGUCUCUCUCUCCACCACCAGAUCUUUGUCUCUGCCAGGGCCCUCAGACAAUUCCGAACCUGCCUGGGGAAGCCAGGCCUCCGUUGGCAACUUCCGAAGGCUCUGCUGCUAACUCCCACUCUAGACCCCCAAGAGCAGCCCAUUCCCACCCACCCCAGGGGAAGGAGGUGUGAGCAGAAGCCACGCCCUUCCAGGUCUCCACAAGGGCCCUGAAAACCCCAUUCCCCAUAGCGUGAAGGAGAAACCCCUUACCCUAAGCAUUCCCAAGACCAGACCACUGGUCUGGGGGCCUGCCCAGGCUGGCCAACAGUGGCCCUGGCCUCCCUGUAGAAGGGUGGUCAGCUGAUGCCCCAGCCUGUCCUGCCCAGAUGGCACUCUCGGCUCACCGUUUACUCUCUCGAUGGUCUAACUGUGACAGAAGCCUGGAGCCCUGCCCCGUGCCCCUUUUGCUAUGCACCACACUUCAUGGUGCUCUCACACUGAUGGGUGCUACACGCGACGGGUGCUUCUUAGGCAAAACCAAUGUGUGCGAACCACCACAUCUGUGCCACUCGCCCAAAAGGCGCGCCCACAAUUGGCCAGCUGGGCCCGCGCUUCAGACUGCCUGCCUCUGGGCUCUCCCCUUGGUUGCGCGGGGACAGCUGGGUUGGUGCCCGGUGGCCCACCUUGUCUCUGGUGCUGCCAUCUGUCCUGGGUGUGCCUUUGUCCCAGUGCCUGCUGGAAGUGCCCCCCUCCUGCACCCCUGCCCCGUGUUUCCAUGCACCAUCUCCUGGCCUCCAGCACUUGCCCUGCCCUUCCAUGGCUGAAGCUUUGGUUCUUCACCUGCUGCCCCUUCAGUUCUCCACUCUGCUGGGACCGCUUUGGGGUAAGUCAGUGGAAAGAUUGCAGAGCCCACGUCCUUUAAGAGGUGCCCUCUGCUUCCUCCAGGCCUGUCCCCCAGUGUUCUUCCCCAGAGGCCUGGAGUUGGGAAGACCACCUGGCAAUCCUUAGCUGGCCUCAGGUAGCUUUUCCAUGGCCAGGUGUCAGCAACAGGGACACCCCUGCAGCACUUGAAGAAGUCGGUACAGUGCCAGUGGGUAGAGGCCGGCAACGUCAGGGGCUGAUAAAAAGCUUGCCCGUCUUUAGGGUUAGAAUCUGGUGUAAGGGUGACCCUGAGGUGUCCUCAGGCAUUCCCGCCCUGGGAGUGAGACUUCUACAAGACUCCCCACGUGAUAAGCGCCCUCCUGGCCUUCCCCUGGGUGCCUGCAGGAAGUGAGUAAAGUAAGUAACUGUUGUCCCCUGGGAUGAGGGCCCAGCAUGUCACAGCUUUCUGUUCUGUAGAGUGUCUCUUGCAUUUCUUGGUAACAGUAGAGUAGUGCCCGCUCUCUCAGUGUGUGAAGGACGUGCCCAGACACGUCUCCUGGGAGGUGUGGAGCACGCCAUAUCCUACCUGGGUGUGCCUCGCUCCACUCCAUCUCAGCAUUCCUUGGUGCCCCUUUGGUGCUCACCACCUGGGCCAGUUUUGGGCUGUGGUCUCAGCCUAGUUGAGGCCCUGUUGCCGGUCUGGCAGCCAGCCCUCACCAUCUCACAGGGUCCUGGCCACACAAAACACAGGGUGGUCAUGUGGUGUGUGUACCUGGCUGUGCAAAAGUGUCAAUUGCUCAUCCUUUAAAGGGUCAUUUGUUCCAUGGCCUCCAUGAGGAAAUUGGACACAACUCCUGCUUGCCUGACACAGUUUCCUGUGCCAGCUCAAAACUGCCCCUGGGAAGAUGCAAGCCACUAAGUGGCAAUGUGUCUUGAGGCCUGACCCAUGGUUUUUGUGAGUAGCUGAAAGCCUGUGUCAGUAACAACCCAGGACAAGACUGGGAGUGAGCGCCUUCCACCUUCAUUGGUCAGGGAAAGGAAGGUAGCCUGAAGGGCCCUGGCUGGGCCUCCCUUACUUCUUGGGGACAGACAGACCCAACCGAAGCUGUGUAGCAUGCCAAGCUGUGGGUAAGACAGAGCAGUGGAUGAGAUUGCAGAUGGGUGCGUGUGAUGGGCUCAUUGAGGAGAGAGCAGUGCCCACACCCCAGCCCACCCAGCUACCAGUUUCUCUAGGACCCAUUCUCAGCAUUAGAAGAAGCAAAGGGCUGUUGAGAGGUCCUGUACCGCAGCCCACAUCUGUCUCCCCUUCUUGGAGUAGCCUGUGCACAGAUGGACAGUGUCCCUAAGACAGCACAGCAGUCAGCUGAGGGAGGUGAGUGCUUACAGCCACCGCCCUGCCUGCCUCUUUUCUUUCUCUGUUCUUUCUCCAUUUCCUCCCAGGACUGGGACUCCCAGGAGCUGUGGCAUGACACACUGUGGCUUUGCCCCCUGGGCAGCCUCCAGUGGGGCUUUCAGACCUAUCGCCACCAGUUCCCCUUUGAAUUGGCUUUGUCUGACUCUCUGUGGUCAGCCUCAUGAGGACCUGGAGGUCAGACACAGUCCCUCGAGGGGUAGCUAGCCACCUUCCCAAGUCUCCUUAGUCUGCCCCAGAGUCCCACCUGGAGUUGGGACCACAUGCCUGGUACCUUGGGCUGGACAUUAAUGAUGCCACUGUAACUGAACAUUAUAUGGUUAGCAGUCACCCAUGGCAGGCCUGACAAGUGAUGGGCUGCACCCAGCAAAGGGGAGGAUGUCUGGGCAUGCCAAGUAACAGGGUCCUGAGUGGACUACUCCUGCAAGCCCAAGAGGAAACCAGGGGGACCGCUGGUGCCAACAGCACGGCCCUUGCCUCCUCCUUCCCUGCUCACUGCCAAGCAUGGCAGGGACUGCACUUUGUACCUGGCCAAGACAUUUCCCACCUGACAGCUGACAGGAUGGGUCAGUCCCUACCCUCCUAUACAUCCCUCUGCUUGGGACCAUCAGUGAAUGGAGAAGGGCUUGGUGGAGCUUAGGGUACUAUUUUUUUCUCUUUUCUCUUUUUUUUUUUUUUUUUAAACUUUCAAUCCCACACUUUCCUGACUAGCUGCAGGAGAGCUAGUGUGAGUUCCAGGCAUGCCAUUGUGUCUGAGUGUGUGAGACAAAUGAGGGUCUGCCCCCAAAUCUUCUCAGACUAAGAUCAUGGUUCUGUCUUCUGUUUGCAAAUCCAUAGCAGCUCAUUUCUCCAAGCUAGAAUGUGUCCACGGGGUCUGGGUCUGGUGAGGUGAUAGUUGGCAAGUGACCCAGCCAUCAUUACCCGUCUCACCCCAGCUGGUAUUGGUUGCCAUGAGCACUGUGGCAUCAGGGAGCCAGGUCAGUGGGGACAGUAAGAAGAGGCCAGCAGCCUGUCCCAAAGGCCUGGACAUAUCCCAGCCUGUUGUCCAUUUGGAGGGUUCCCUGGGCACCAUUGCUAGGCAGGUGGGCACCACACCAAGGCAGCCGUAUGGCUAAGCAGGCCCAAGCAGCCAAGUAGAGUGUGCGAUUCAUUUCCCCGCCACACCAUGUCUGGAGUCUUUCAUGUGAGUUCACUGUGGAGAGGAGGUGACAAGUACAGGGUCACUGUGCCACUCCGUAGUCAGUAACUGGUCUACACCCUUAGUCCCCUUAAGUAAGAUAACCUUCAAAGGCAAAUAAAUGACCUAAUUGGGAAACACAAAAGCCGGCCUUCCUCCCGAGGAUUUCCCCAAGAAUCUGUAGGCGCUGACUGAGGAAGUGGGGGUCAAUGCAGCCUGUUGUGGGGUUGCGUUCUUUUCUCUGAGGGCACGCCUCUUGUGUUCAGCUCUGUUACCCAAAAACAAAGACCAAAGAAGGCCAAUCUCUCAUUGGACUGUAUUUUUAAUCUGCCUGUUUUGACACUUGCCGUCUGUAGUAACCGCUCGCUGUGAGGCCCCAUCUUGACAGUCCAAGUGAUUGUGACCAGUGAUUAGCGUCCUGUGUUCUUCCGCUCUUCUAAGAAACCGAGACAGUGUGAGUUAUUGCUCAGCAAUAAUCCUGUCAGUAGGAGUUAGCAACAUGUCUCAUUUCCCGAUAGCAUUACGAUGUUUCGUAUUCUGUUUAUGUUAUGUGUGGUUUCAUUUGGUAUUUAUUUGUGUUUUGAGGUCUUGCGAUGUUUCUGUUCUGCUGCUAAUAAUAAAGUUUGUAAGACUGUAGAAUGCAAAAUUUUGCAAUGCUAAGUGUCUAUUAGAGGAAAAUAAAGCUGAUUUAAGAGUCCUG